GUCACGUGUAGUACGCUUACACAAGCCGCCGCCAUUACAGUGCGCUGGCAAAACGGCGGGAAAAUAUUUCAUUGGAAUAUAUAUUAAUACAAUUUUUUUUAAUUUUUAAUUCUUGUAUUCAUUUUGUCUGAAUUUUUAAUCUGACUCUGAAUCAGCGUUUUCAAAUUUCUAAGUUAUGAGGCUCAACGCUAUUUUUUUGUUCAUGGCAGUGGCGUCCUUGGGUCAAUGUCAACGGCACAGCCAGAUAAUUCGAGACGACAUUGACGGUCCGAACCCGGAUGGCUCUUACAAAUGGGCAAUCGAAACUGAUGAGGGAAUCUACCACGAGCAGCGAGGGUCGGUGCAAGAAGACACCGGAUUGGCUGUGAAGGGGCAGUAUCAAUACGUCGCUCCCGACGGGCAGGUGAUCAACGUACUGUACAGUGCUGACGAGAAUGGGUUUCAAGCGAGCGGCGCUCACCUGCCGACACCCCCACCAGUCCCGCCGGCCAUACAAAAAAUCAUUGACUACCUCAACAGCCAUCCGACAGAGCCGACUCGGAUAUAAAUAAAAAACGCGCCCCGCCGAAUCCGUGUGCGCGCAUUCGAGAACAUUCCUUCAUUUUUACGCGCUCUUUUCUCCGUCAGAUUAUUUUUCUUUAAUUUUUGGUUCCGACACGGUUUGUGCCAGCGUCAAGUAAUAACAUUUUUAUGAUUCGCCGUUUUAAUUAUUUACAGUUUAUGAAUAAUAAUAAAAACUAAGGAAACUAGUCGUGACAUAACGUAAAUCAUUAAAAACGAAUUAAAUUUACAAAUGAGAUGAUAUGUGAUUAAAUAUAAUCUCAUUAAAAUGGUGGUCAUU